CUUAUCCCCCUCUGCUCCCAACCUUCCACUGACGAGUCGCCUAGCUAGCUUCCCCCACAAGCAGCAACGCAAAGCGCACGCAGCGGAGCAGCAGCCGGUGACCGGUGGUUGACGCCGUGACGCGGCUGCGACCGGUAGCUCCACAGCCGCGUCGUCCACUUCGGCGCCCACCGCCCUCCCGAAGGCCCGCGUUUUUAUGCGCGACGCAGCUUGCUUCUUGGACUCUAGUAGCGCUCCCGGCCUCGGACCUUUCCGCAAGAGCAAGAUUUUGGUAUGGAGGUGGAGGCGACGCCCACGACGGCCGUGUCGUCUUCCGGCGGUGCGCAGCUGCCGCCGCCCGGCCCGCCCGCCAAGAAGAAGCGUGCCCUCCCCGGCAUGCCAGAUCCUGACGCGGAGGUGAUCGCGCUCUCGCCCAAAACGCUGCUGGCCACGAACAGGUUCGUGUGCGAGAUCUGCAACAAGGGGUUCCAGCGGGACCAGAACCUGCAGCUGCACCGGCGGGGCCACAACCUGCCGUGGAAGCUGCGGCAGCGGAGCGGCAAGGAGGUGCGGAAGCGGGUGUACGUGUGCCCAGAGCCCAGCUGCGUGCACCACGAUCCCGCGCGCGCGCUUGGCGACCUCACCGGCAUCAAGAAGCACUUCUGCCGCAAGCACGGCGAGAAGAAGUGGAAGUGCGACAGGUGCUCCAAGAAGUACGCCGUGCAGUCGGACUGGAAGGCGCACGUCAAGACCUGCGGCUCCCGCGAGUACCGCUGCGACUGCGGCACCCUCUUCUCCCGGAGGGACAGCUUCAUCACCCAUCGCGCCUUCUGCGACGCGCUCGCCGAGGAGAGCGCCAAGGCCCGCGCUGCGCCGCCGCCGGAGGAGGAGGAGGACGGAAGCUCGGCUGCUGUGGGCCCGCCACCGGCUCCGCCGCCCCAUCAGACGCCAGUACCUGCCGCACCGGCGCCACUACGGCAACAGCCACCCCCACCCCCGCCCCCGCCUGCGGCGGCGCCUGCGCCGCAACAUUCGGAGCAACAUAAUGGCUUUGUUGAACUGCAUGCAGAGCGGGAGACCACCGCGGCCGAGCCCGUGCAGUUCGCGCCGCCGCCGCCGGUGACGGUGCCUUCGCAGGCUUCGGUCACCGCUGCCAAUGUCAGUCCCAGCAGCAGCACCAGCGUCGCGGUGACAUCACAGAGCCUGCUCGGCGGCAUGUUUGCACCGUCUUCGGUGGUCUCAACGCCGCAGUUCCCGGACCUUGGCGGUGGGGUUGGCCGCCCGGAGCGCGCUCUGCCUGCCAAGCCCCCGUCGCUGUGCCUCGCCACCGAUGCGUCAUCCUCGAUCUUUUCAGCGCCUGUAGCCGCUGACAGGCAACAGUUCGCGCCGCCGCCGCCGCCGUCCCCAUCGCCGCACAUGUCUGCCACCGCGCUGCUCCAGAAGGCCGCGCAGAUGGGCGCCACCUCGUCAAGCUCCUCGUUCCUCCGUGGCUUGGGCCUGGACGUCUCCACCUCAUCGCCAGGGGCUUCGUCGUCAGGCCAGCAGCAUCACCAAGAAGCCAUGCAAGUGUCAGUUCCCGAUACUUCACUGCAGCAAUGGCCCCCGCGGCUAGAGCCGGAGCCGGCGCCAAUGCUGUCAGCCGGGCUCGGCCUCGGGCUACCGUACGACUCGACCGGCGCUCCGGUGGGUUUUCCGGAGCUCAUGAUGAGCCACUCAUCGCUGUUCAGUGCCAAGCCAGCUACAUUGGACUUCCUGGGGCUUGGAAUGAGCCCGACGGGCGCGUCGGCAAGCAGAGGACUCUCCGCGUUCAUUCAGCCCAUCGGCGGCCCCGUUGGCAUGGCCGGGACCAGCGCUAGCGGCGCUGAGACCUUCGGUGCCGGCCGUGGCGCGCAGGCGACAUCGUGGGAAAGAAAUCCGAGUAGCUCGCCAAUCCUGUAACAGUACUAGCUAGUAUCAAGUAGUAACAAGUGUGCUGUGAAUUGGACGAAAGCAAGAAGAGGAAAUAGUAGAAGCCAGGUUCGAUUAGCAGCUAUCCACUCUUCCACUGUCUGUUCUCGCUGUUCUUUUGUUUCUUUAGCCUAGUCCGAAGUUACAAACUGCUUUGCUCCU